AUGCAUGUUAGUUCCCGUUUUCUUAUUUUUGAGCCUGAUGAUAACUUAGUUCCAGUAUAUUAUUUCUCAAUAAAAGAUAUCACUUCAUAUUCAUAUGAGGAGCGACAUGCACGUCACCUUUCGGCACUAUGUAUAGACUGCUCCACGGUGCAGGAGGGGAACCUUUCUGCCCGAUUUCAAUGGACACCAACCAUGGCCCCGUUGAAGCGUUCUGCAUGCCAGGGAAAAUGGUUGUUUCGAUUUGCAGCAGAUUGCAUAAAUACGGAUUUUGAAAAUUCCCUUAGGACAGCAAUAGUUCGCGACCCGCAGGGCAUUGCAUUGAGAAUUCGGCGAAAAGAGUCUUCUCUACAGAAGCAGUAUAGUGCGAUCACGUUUUUAGUAAAACGAGUCUUGCCACUGCGUGAACAAAGAGGCAUUUUUGUUGCCACUGCGGAGGAGCUUCUUUUCAACCCUAUCUUUCCGCUGUUUGGGGCUACCGAAGUUCUAUUGUCCUCACAACAUGUUCUUCACAUGUUUCCCCGCCUAAUAAUUUUUCGUAAUCUGGGUCUUGAUUUCUAUGGGUCUGAGGUUUCAUCUCCCCUUUUAUCGCUUCAGUUUUAUUCUGAAACAGAAAGGGAUCAGGCCAUCGAGAUCUUACUGCGGUUUACAUGUAUACCACUCUUCUCAGUUUCCCUCUCAAACGUCUUUAGCCAAUGGCAGAGGGGCAAAAUGAGUAACUACGAAUAUUUAUGUCUAUUAAACAAGAUGGCGUGCCGGAACCCUGAUGAUCUUUCCCAAUACCCAGUGUUCCCAUGGGUCAUUUCCGAUUACACUUCCGCCCACCUAGACCUUAAAGAUCCUAGGACUUUCCGAGAUCUUUCAAAACCUAUUGGUGCCUUAAAUCCGACACGUUUAAACAAUCUGGAAAGGCGGAUGAAUGAACUGAAGGAAUUGGAAGAGACUAGCUAUUUGUAUGCUACACAUUAUUCAUCAGCGGGCGCAGUCGCGUAUUACCUGUUGCGAUCCCAUCCAGAAUAUCAAUUAAGCUUGACACAUGGCAAGCUAGACUGUGCUAACCGCAUGUUUGAGUCGAUCGAAGCUGCCUGGAAUGGCGUCUACAACAACAGCAGUGACUUUAAGGAGCUUGUGAUGGAAUUUUUUAACCAAAACGGAAUCGAAAUGUGUUCUAGAGCUCCUUUUGAUCUUGGCGUGAAGGAUAACAUGCAUGCGGUGUCGCCGGCUGUUAUCUUGCCCCCAUGGGCAACUUCAGCGAAAGACUUCAUAGCUAAGAACACCGCUGCAUUGGAGAGUGACUACGUUUCGUCACACCUUCACUUAUGGAUUAAUCUCAUUUUUGGCGUCAACCAAGACGGAGAGGGUGCUGUACGGUCCAAAAACGUUUUUCAUCCCUUUUCUUACCCUCAGCGGGAUAACACGCCAGGCUUAGGCGGCUGCCGAACUGAUACUACACCGUAUGAAUAUGCAAAGGAGUUUGGCUGUAUGCCCGUGAAAUUAUUUCGAUCAGAACACCCAUGCAAGCAGAGCACACAACAAUUCUCUUCUGCACUAUUUACACCAUGGUCACAAAAACUCUGCCGAUUGGAUGAAUUAACCGAACACGAAACAUUGUCGAUAUUAUCUCUAGUUUCCCAGGAAGAGGACGAAGAGGGCAGCAUCGUGUGUGAUAAUAACUCACGUUCACCGGUUACCUAUCCCGAUGAUUUGCCUCUUAUACUCUUGCGUAACUCGACGCCUUUUGGAUUAGACGUGCAUCAUACUUUUUCCACAGAAUGCAACAUUGUUACCGCAAUCACCCUUAGUAUUUCUAACAGGUCUACAAAUGACAUUAAUGUAAGGGAUCACGGUGUCUUGACGCUGAUUUGUGACGAUGGUCGUAGGGCAGUCUUGUUUGACUGUGCGUCAAGGGAGUGUCUACGGAUUUUUUCAGACUUUUCUGAUAUUGUAGAGCAUGUUGCUUCUUCAGAUUGCAACAUUUUUUUAUUUUGUGCAAAUUCUUCGUUGUAUAUAAUUAGUCUUGAAACUUAUUCUCUUAUCGAUCGAAUAGACAAUUUUUCGAUAAGCCCGAUUUGCCUCAGCGCGUUUAGUGGUACUUUUGGCGCACUUGCGGACAGUCAGGCACGUGUGUAUGAGUGGGCACUGGCCUUCGAAUCUGAUGGGCAAGUAUCGAGCGUCCAGCACGCUCGCCUGCUGUCUGAAGCGUCGUCCUCGGUAUGUGUCUUGCGGCUUGAUGACAGUGGGAGAGUCAUGUGUGCGUCAGGUGAUGGUGAGGUUCUGAUGGUGUGUCCACGAGAUAAUAUGACCGCGACUUUCCAGGCACAUAUCUCAUCAAUGCAACAUAUUCUGCACCUCUUGAUACUAUCUGACUCGAUAAGCUCUUGGAUUGUUGUAGUGUUGAAUGAUGAGGUGCAUUGGUACAACUUUAGUGGGGCUCUGAUGAAGAGGUUAGGACUAGGGGGCUGCGAGACGUUUAAAAGAGCGUGCUCGCUUGGCACCUCUGGGGCUUCUCAGCAUCCUCUCAUGCUGAUGGGGACCCCCAAAACGUCGUUUUUAUGGAUUGAACCGAAUCAGGUACAACUAGGCGAGACAGAAAGUGAUAUGACUCACCUUUUCAACGACUUAUGCUCUGUAAGCCAUUUUUCCAUUGCAUUUUGCACAAGAAGAGGGGAGGUAACUAUUUAUAACAUCAAGAUGACUUAG